AUUGAUGUUCGGCCCACAAGAGUGCACACACUUUACGCGCAAAACAAUUGAUUUCUUCAUUUGAUUKMUUCAUUUGAUUGAUUCAUAUAUUUAAUUAAAAGACGACUUGAAUUAAGUUAAUCCAAGACAUCACACACACAAUGGACAAGACGUUGAUUACUGCAAUCGAUGACAAUACUAUACGUGUAAAUGGACAACACGUGGUGGUUGUGUCGGACGAYAAACAUUCAGAUGCAGUCAAAGACCGAUCACCUGUUGAAGACUCGUUUACUUUCAGCAAUAGUCCGACUCUUGAAGAUGUCCGCCAAUCACACGCCUCAUUCAUUGCUGAACGCAAUUGGGAACAGUUUCACACACCGAGGAAUGUCUUGUUGGCACUCGUGGCCGAAAUGGGCGAACUAUCGGAAUGUUUUCAAUGGAAGAAUGAAUGUCAGAUUGGUCUCAAAGAUUGGACACCGAAAGAGAAGAUAGCGCUCGAAGAAGAGCUUAGCGAUUGUCUCGUAUAUUUGGUCCGUUUGGCCGAUAGGUGUCGCGUUGAUUUGCCCGCAGCCGUCACCCGAAAGUUGGCUAAAAAUGCGGCCAAAUAUCCGACGGAAAAAGUGUACGGAAGCUCAAAGAAAUACACAGAAUAUCAGUGAUUGUCGUCAAAGACUUUUUUGUAUUKUUUUUAAUUAUUGUGUUCACAGAAGUCAUUGAUUUUUUGUGUAAUAAUAUAAUUAUUAUUAACCAAACAUUUGGUUUGCAAUUGACAA